CGUCGCCUGCGUGUUGACGUCAGGCGCGUGCCCCUGUCCGGCAGCCGAGGAGACCCCGCGCAGUGCUGCCAACGCCCCGGCGGAGAAGCUGAGGUCAUCAUUGAAUUUGAAAUAUUUAAAGUGGAUACGAAACUGUUUCAGCAAUGCAGACAAUUAAGUGUGUUGUUGUGGGCGAUGGUGCCGUUGGUAAAACCUGUCUCCUGAUAUCCUACACAACAAAUAAAUUUCCAUCGGAGUAUGUACCGACUGUUUUUGACAACUAUGCAGUCACAGUUAUGAUUGGUGGAGAGCCAUAUACUCUUGGACUUUUUGAUACUGCAGGGCAAGAGGAUUAUGACAGAUUACGACCGCUGAGUUAUCCACAAACAGAUGUAUUUCUAGUCUGUUUUUCAGUGGUCUCUCCAUCCUCAUUUGAAAAUGUGAAGGAGAAGUGGGUGCCUGAGAUAACUCACCACUGUCCAAAGACUCCUUUCUUGCUUGUUGGGACCCAAAUUGAUCUCCGAGAUGACCCCUCUACGAUUGAGAAACUUGCCAAGAACAAACAGAAGCCUAUCACUCCAGAGACUGCUGAAAAGCUGGCCCGUGACCUGAAGGCGGUCAAGUAUGUGGAGUGUUCUGCACUCACACAGAGAGGUCUGAAGAAUGUGUUUGAUGAGGCUAUCCUAGCUGCCCUCGAGCCUCCGGAAACUCAACCCAAAAGGAAGUGCUGUAUAUUCUAAACUGUUUUCUCCUUCCCCUCUUUGCUGCUGCUUCCUGUCCCACUACUGUAGAAAGAGCAUUUAAAAACAAAGGAAUAAAACCAUCCUGUUUGAAAGCCUCUGCGUCUUUGUACUCACCACCUGAGAGCAACCUCUGUAUUAGUUUUUGAUCAAGAAUGCAAUAUCUUAUAGAAUAUUUUUUGUGAUUAGUAGUCAAGUUGGACUUGCUUAACUUUCUGCUUCUUGAGUUGCCUGAUGCUUAGAGCUUUUUGGUUUGGAAUACUAUUGCAAAAGGGAACUUGGUCUGGCAUUAAGAAUGUUCUCUUGGAAAAAAUAAGAAGAGUUUUAACACUUCUUAGUUCUAGAUGGAGAAAAUAACACAAACAUCAUUUUACUCUUAUGAUCAAUUGUAAUUGUACUUGCAUGACAAACUAUGGAAAAAGGGUGGCCUACUAGUAGAGUGUAACGGGGAAGGGAGGAUUCUCGUCUGGUUUUCCUUUGUGCAGUGAAACUUUGUGUUGCUAUCGCUUUGGCUGUCUGUGCUGUAGUGGAGUAUUUGUCAGUCUGGGGUGGGAAAGGUAUUAAUGUAUCUGCUACUGCUUUAUGAAACCAUUUGUUACACUAUCUUUUAAGAAUAGCAUCCAUUUUAACAGUUGACUUAAGGUUUGUUAAUGUUGAGAUGUAAAGCUGCCACCUUUAUAUUUUCCUGCUUCUGAUUUUAUUGUUGUGAGGGAAACAUACAAUUGUGGUUGCCUUCAAAUUUUGAAAUUAAAAAUAUACAAUUGUUUGUAUAAAUGCCUGAUGAAGCUUUAUUCCUGUUGCACCGACUGGUUCUAGUUUUACAUAUGUAUCAGGUGCCCACAUUUUGCUUCCUUAGCCCCCUGGCUCUGUCCGAUUGGUGGGAUACAGGGAGUUCAGAGUGAAUGUCUUUGACGCAGCCGCAGUAGCCGCUCUCCCUCCAUCCCUGCCUGCGCCCUCCAUGUAACAAGGAUGCCGCUGCCCACUGCCCACUGCCCACUGCCAGCCCUCGCGGUCCUGGUCCAUGCUCCGCUGUUUCAUUGGGAUGCAGAGCUGCUUCACUCGUGUUUAUGUGAAAUGUUGUAGCGGCAUAUUACACAGCUCACAUUGAAUGAGCAAAUGACACAUGUGGCUUGUUUGCUUCUCGUGACAUACAUUGGUCUGCAGAAAGCUUUCCCAAAGGACCACUGUCUCAUUCAUGAAUAUCUGCUCCUCUGCUCCUGAAUUGCUGGAUCCUUCCAGUGUCCUGCCUGGACAGAACUUGGUGAAGUGGGGGCGGCGGGGGGGGGGUUGUGUGGAGAUUCAGGGUUGUUUUUAACGUUUCGUUCUUUGCCAACUCUCGGGGCUUUGAAUGUUUGUAAUUUGAUCUUUGGCUUCAGUAUACUGAAAAUCAGACUGCCCCUUUUUUUUCUUUCUGCCCCUUUUCAGAAAGGCCUAAAGAAUGUAUUUGACGAAGCGAUAUUGGCUGCCCUGGAGCCUCCAGAACCGAAGAAGACCCGCAGGUGUGUGCUGCUAUGAACAUCUCCAGAGCCCUUUCCGCACAGCUGGUGUCAGCGUCGUACUAAAAGCAAUGUUAAAUCAAACUAAAGAUUGAAAAUUAAAAUUCGUUUUUGCAAUAAUGACAAAUGCCCUGCACCUACCCACAUGCACUCGUGUGAGACAAGGCCCAUAGGUAUGGUCCCCGUCCCCCUCUCAGUACUAGUUAAUUUGAGUAAUUGUGUAUUGUCAGAAAAGCGGUUAGUACUAGUUUUUGUUCUGUCGUUUCAAAGAAAAAAAAAAAAUUUUUUUUUUUUUUUGUUUUGUUUUUGUUUAAAAGCAAGGCAUGCUUGUGAUGACUCUGUAACAGACUAAUUUGGGCUGUUGAAGCUGCUCCCGGGGCUGCAUCCACUCUGGAGAAUAAUCCGGGACAUUUAGGGGUUUUGUUUUUGUUUUUGUUCUUUUUGUUUUUGUUUUUUUCUUUUUUUUGGGGGGGGGGAGUGUGUGUGGGGUUUGUUUUUAUUUAGUCAUGUUUUUUAAAUUCAGUAACCAUUGGACAGCCCUUAAGGGGAGGAGGAUGGAUUGACUCCACAUUCCACUUCCUAGAUCUAGUUUAGAACACUUGUCCCCCACCUGGUGCUCUUAGGAAGGAGUAUAGUAAAUGCCUCAUUUAAUAACAUACUCCUUUUUGAAAGUUGCCUUUCUCUCCACCCUUGAGUAGGUCUAGUACUUGAUGAAACUCAUGAAAGCGGGUGGAACCUGUCUUGCCCCUCCUCUUUUCUAGGAUGCACUCUAUAUGUGACUGUGACUUUCAAGGAAAUUUGUUUGCCAUUUGCUGAUUUUUUUUUUUUGAAGUUCAUUUCUAACUUCGUUCACUGAUAAAUGAAGAAAAGUAUUGCACCUUUUGAAAUACACCAAAUGGAUUGAGUACCUAAUUAAAAAAAUGUUUUUUUCCCUGUCAGUCAUUGUCUUACAUGCUUAGCGUAGAUGUCCAGCUUAAUAGCGUAUGAGACGGUGUUCCUAGAACACAGCCGGAGACCUGGUAGAUCGAGGAAGUGUGAGGGGUGGUGCUAGAAGACAGAUGUCUAUGGAAUGAUGCACAUCCUCUUUCAAGUUGGAGGAUGGAGACAGACCUGCUUCAUGAAGAAGCUGGGGGUGCGGGUGGGGGUGGGGAGGACAUUUAACAACGUGGGGACCAGUCAGGGGAAUCCCCUUAUUUCUGUUUCGCAUACGAGGAACCCUAGAGUAGCUAGUUAAGGCUCUCUAGUUUAGUAAAAAAAAAAAAAAAAAAUCAUGGAGUCUUAUGAAGACUCUUCAUAAGUGUUAAUGGGGAUUUUAUCUGCUUAUUUUGGUUGCAGUUCCCAAUUUUUAAAAAUGUUUAGGUAAUCUUCUCCGCCUUCCCCAAAUCCUAAUUCUUGUAGAUUCAUUAGUGUCGAACCAAUGCUUUCACAUGUCUCAAUUCUUUGUACAUGCGUUCUUUUCAGAUGUAUUAAACAAACAAAAAACCCUUCACAAGCCA